CCAUUAACAUUGGAUGCCAACCGCCGUUAAACCCUAUCGAAGAAGAAGUAAUCCCUCUCGCUUCGACUCUUCUCAAACAUCUUAUUCAUAUUUGCCAUAUUGGAUCACUCUUCUGGGUAACCGCUGAAAAAAUAUAUUUUACGAUACUGUUAUUUUCCUGGAAAAGAUAGGAGAAUGGCUGCUGCCGAGGUGAACGAGAGUUCUGCCCCAAUGAAGGAGGAAAAUGAGCCUAUGGAAGUCGCGGCCGAAGGCGAGCACACAGAGAACUACCAGACACUCAUCGAUGCUGGACUGCGGCAGAACGUGGCUGAGAGUCUCGACAACAUAUUCUCAACCGGGUUGCUGGCGUACGCUGACCUAGAAGAGGGGGUCAUCGAUGCUCUGCGGGCAUUCAAUGAAGAGGGAGCGCUGUCUGUACUCUCACAAUUCAAAGAAAGUGACCUAUCUCAUGUGCAGAACAAAAGUGCUUUUCUUUGUGCAGCUAUGAAGACGUACAGACAGAGGGAAAAGCAAGGAAGUAAAGUACAAGAAUCCACUAAGGUUCCUGCUGAGUCCAAGAUCAAGGCACUGCUGGAGCGGACAGGAUACACCCUGGACGUCACCACCGAACAGAGGAAAUACGGAGGGCCCCCCCCAGAGGAAGUGUUUAAAGGUGAACAGCCUGGGAUUGGAACUGAGGUGUUUGUGGGAAAGAUCCCCAGGGACCUGUAUGAAGAUGAGCUGGUGCCUUUGUUUGAGAAGGCGGGCCCAAUCUGGGACCUGAGGUUAAUGAUGGACCCCCUGUCAGGUCAGAACCGGGGCUACGCCUUCAUCACCUUCUGCGGCAAGGAUGCAGCAACUGAGGCAGUGAAACUUUGUGACAACUAUGAAAUCCGGUCUAGGAAAUACCUUGGAGUAUGCAAAUCCGUAGCAAACAACCGCCUGUUUGUCGGAUCAAUCCCAAAGAACAAGACCAGAGAGAAUAUAUUGGAGGACUUCAGCAAAGUCACAGAGGGGCUUCAGGAAGUGAUCCUCUACCCCCAGACGGAUGACAAGGAGAAGAACCGUGGCUUCUGUUUCCUGGAGUACGAGGACCACAAGUCUGCAGCCGAGGCCCGCCUCUGCCUAAUGAGUGACACGGUGACAGUGUGGGGGAACCCGGUCACUGUGGAGUGGGCUAACCCGGUCACUGAGCGCAAUGCGGGUGCCUUGGCCCAGCAGGUGAAGGUCUUGUUUGUCAGGAAGCUGGCCGCCUCAGUCACAGAGGAGCUACUGGAGAAGACCUUCUCUGCCUUUGGCAAAGUGGACCGGUUGAAUAAGAUAGAAGACUACGCCUUUGUCCACUUUGAAGACAAGGACGCAGCUGUGAAGGCAAUGGCAGAAAUGAAUGGGAAGGAGCUGGGGGGAGGGGAGAUUGAGAUAAGAAUGGCAAAGAGGAAGAAAGCACGAAAUGCUCAGCGCCAGGCCACCAGAAACCGAAGGAAUGAUGCUGAUUACAACCACCCACCGCCACGCAUACCUCCAGCAGAUAGGGUCCGUGGCCGAGGGAGCAGGGUCUAUGCCGCCUAUCCCCCAGACUACAACAGCUACGAUGACUACUACGGCUUUGACUAUCACGACCCCCGCAGAGGUUACGAGGACCCCUACUACGGUUACGAGGACCCCUACUACGGUUACGAGGACCCCUACUACGGUUACGAGGACCCUUACUACAGUUAUGAGGACCCCCACUACGGUUACGAGGACUUGUACAGCAUGAGGGGCCAUGGCAGACUGCCCAGCAGGGAAGGCCUACCCCCACCCAGGGCCCGCAGACCACCACCCACACAGGGCUAUGCGCAGAGGGGUCCACCCAUUGGAGGGCCCAGGGAUGGCAGAGUAAGGGCCCGUGGGGGACCCUUCCAGCCACAGAGGGGCCGCGGUAACCGAAAAGCCAGGGGGAACCAUGGGGGCGGGAAGAGGAAGGCAGACGUCUUCGUCCAGCCUGACUCAAAGCGCCGGCAGACCAACUAGUAGAACUGGGGGUCUCAGCCCAUCGCCCAGCAGCAAGGUGGCGACUAUUCCGGUAACUAUGGUUAAGGUAAUGAAGAAGACACAUGAAAAAGGCAUUUGACAAAAGUACAACAACAGAAAUACCCCCCGAAAAAAAACAUUUGGCUGCAAUUCUUUUGACUUUUUAUUCUCCAUCCCUCACGAAGAAAAUAAACAUCACUGAGAGAGAAAAGUGGUCAGACCCCCAGAAUCUGCUGGAAUUGUAUUUUGGCCUCUAGAUGUGAAUGUAACUGUUUUUCUGAAUCCUUUCUCACUGUUACAUGGGACGUAUGUUUUAACUCACAAAUCACUUUUACCUAAAAGUGUGUCUAGCAUUUCUAGAGGUAAAUUAUCCUUUUUUUUGCUGGUACAAUAACUUCCUAUGUUUUCUUUGGGAAGCCAUAGCAGUUUCUCUGUUUGUAUUCAUAACUUUUUAUGUUUAUUCCGUUUCAAUAAAAUUGUUUUAUUCAAUUGUCAGAUACCAUCAAAUUCUAUGGUGUCAUUCAGUAUUUAGUCUAUUCCUAAAUCUAUCUCAAAUUUCACAUUUGGAACAAGAUUUUCUCAGCUUUUUGCUCAUGGAAUAAAUCAAGAGACCAAAUUUCAAUUGUCAAAUACCAAAAUAAUUUAUGACAGCGCACAAACAAUGUAUGAAUGACUGAAUAAAAACAUUUUAACGAUU